AAUACCCGGAGUACUAUAUACUACUACUACGAGUUUACCAAUACCUAUAUAUACUAGCUUUUCCAUUUUUUACUACUACUAUAAAAUAAUUACUCCAUAAAAAGGCUAGAUAUUAAUCAAGCAAUAUAAUAGAAUGGAGCCUGUUGGAGUGGGAGCUACAUAUUUUGAUGAAGAGUGGGAGUCCAUAAGCAAGACGUUAUCAAGCAGUCAUGAAAACGAUGAUUUCAUGCUUAUUCAACUCAAGGGCGAUGAUUAUGAUAAUGAUCAAGAAUGCCGCAUGAGUGCUCAUCAUCAUCAUCAUGAUAAUGGAGUUCUGGACAUUCUCAAUAAUGGUGGCAGCAGAUUUUACUCUUCGUGCUCUUCUGAUGAUGUUCUCAUCAACACUGAAGAUCACUUUCAGCGAUAUGUAUCAUACGAAAGUAUUGAUGAUGGUGUGAUGAAGAUGAACAUUGAGAAUAAUAGCCAUUCAUCAGGCGGUGUCCAAACGUUUUAUUAUCAUGAUGAUAGGGCGGCUAUGGGACAAGAUGUUGGUGAAGGUAAUAAUAAUUCUAACCUUCAGACAGCCAUUAUUGUUGAUUCACACCCGGAAGUGAAACAGCUCAAGAGGAGUUUUGGGACUGCUAUCACUAACAAAUCAUCAUCUCAAAAUCCUAUGAAAAAACCUCGGGUUUGGCCACGUGCACAGAAAAACAAAACAACAGCACUCCACAUUUCAAAGAAGAACCUUGAAAAUGGAGAUGAAGAUCAAGAGGAAGGGAAUGCACAAAAUUCAAGCUGUAGCCGCAGUGAUCAUCAAGAUGACCUUAUUAUGAAUGCCUCCAAUUCAAAAGCAAAAUCAAGGGCUACUAGAGGGUCUGCCACGGAUCCCCAAAGCUUGUAUGCCAGGAGGAGAAGAGAGAAAAUCAACGAGAGGUUGAGAAUUUUGCAGAACCUCGUCCCAAAUGGAACAAAGGUCGACAUUAGUACCAUGCUUGAAGAGGCCGUUCACUAUGUCAAAUUUCUGCAGCUUCAAAUUAAGUUACUAAGCUCAGAUGAUCUUUGGAUGUAUGCCCUAAUUUCUUACAAUGGAAUGGACAUUAGUCAUUGUCAAGAAGCCGUGCAAAAUUUGUGACUGACCGGAUACUAGGAGAUGAAUACAAGUCUUGAAAAAGUGUUAGUACAAACAAACAAAAAGAUUACAAAACU